AUGAAUAAGCGACUUCAAGUACUUGAAAAAACAUUUGAAAUAUUUAAAAGACGAGAUAUUCUUGAAGAAAGAAACAAUUUAAUUAAUUUAAAUAACUCGUCGAUUCAAUCACCACCAAAAUCCGAUCCAGAAUUUGUUCUCGGUGUUGAUAUAAGCAAGUUUAACUUUGUAUUCGAUGAAUUUACCAGAUUUGUACGACAGAUAUUUCGUCAAGCAGGAUAUGCUUCAGAUCUGAAUAAAGUGUUAGAAAACGAGCAGAUAGUUUUAAAUAUUCAACAGGCGAUGAAAAAACGUAACCAACGACUACAGAAAAAUAGUGAAUUAUUACUUGACAGUUGA